AUGAUCCAUUGGUCACAUAAGGAAGAGGAGGAGCAGAAGAAGGAUGCAGUGCCUGUGGUGCUAGUUGGAAGACCGCCCCCACCCAGAAACCUCCAGAGCCCGGAGUCGUGCCCGGUGCUCCCCACCCACCCCACCCGCAUUGCCUCUGCCGUCACUCACGGCCACUGCCUGCUGGCUCUCUGGUGCGCUCCGUGCCACAGGCACCUGCUCGCCAGGCGCCUGGGCUCUCAGUUCUUGCUCUCACACUGCGGACUCCUGUCUUCACUGUCACCUGGCCUAGCUUCUGGCCCGACACAGUGCUCCUCCAUUCUCGCUGUCCCCUGGCGCCCAGGUCUGGGCCAAAAAGUGGUGUGGCUCGUGGUCCAAAGCUGGGUCUGCGCGCCGCGGCUGAGCGCCCACUCGCCUUGCGGAGAGAGCCGCGGAGAAACCGGCGGGGGCGGCGGCAAGAGAGCUCGGCGGGAGUCGGAGGAGGUGGCAGUCGGGAGCCCAGCCAGAGGGCUACCAGGGAGGCAGACGCUGGUGGCUCCUUGGCGCUCACUCCCUUCUCCAAACAUGGGUCCUGACGCAGCCCAGCCAUUGCCCGGCCCGCCGGGCAGAGACUGAACUGCAGAUCCCCAGUCUCCUGUGAACCACAGGACUG